AUGCCCUGUCCAAGCCAGAGGAUUUCCACAAAGAAAUCGAGGGUAGAAAUCAAGAGAAGACAACUACAUGCAUGGCUAUGGUAACCUUUGGUGACAAAGACAUGUGUGCUGAAAUGACAGACCAUAAUCGGCCUUUGUUUAUCACUGGGCUUAUCCAUGAUGUGAAAAUUUCUCGAAUUCUCGUUGAUGGAGGAUCUGCGGUGAACCUUCUGCCUCGGAGGGCCUUAAAUUUAUUAGGGGUUCGAAUUUCACAACUUCGCCCAAGUCGUUUGGUCAUUCAAGGAUUUAAUCAGAAUGAGCAACGCCCAAUGGGGAAAAUUGAAUUGCAAACCAAGUUUGGGGAUAUUGAAGAAAGCACUGAGUUCUUGGCCAUUGAUGUAGACACCUCUUACAAUGCUUUGCUUGGGAGACCAUGGAUGCAUAAUCAUCAUGCAGUGCCAUCAACUUAUCACCAAUGUAUUAAGUACCCGUUGCCUUCACCCAAAAAAGAGGGGACAAUUGUGGCUGACAAUGAUCCAUUUGGAGAAGUAGAGGCCUAAUAUGCUGAUGCUCGUUUCUAUAU